UAACUAUGUAGGUCUGAUAUCAAGUAUUGACUCAUCUACAGUGAUUCUACACUCGUCCAUUGUCCCUUCAUCUAUUCAAAAGGAGAAGAAUAUAUAUAUUUCAAAAUAUAUCCUAAUAUAUUGCCCUUUAGCCCGAUAGCCGCUGUUUCUGGAUGUCAGUUCACAGGGGGGGCCUAUUGAGUCAUCAUAGACGCCGUCAAUUUGUAGAUAUAUUUCCGUCUCAUAUUCUUCAUCAGCCUGUAUGAAGUUCGCCCAAGAAUUCCGGAAGGCUCUACAACGAGAAGGCUUCCCGCAGAAAUGGGUUGAUUCUGCCGUUCCUUAUGGUCAGCUCAAGAAAUGUCUAAAAAAGGUCACCAACGAACUUCACGAGCUCGGGCUGGAUAAGGAUACAUUAACUCAGUUGGCCGCUAGUCAAAAAGAUCCGUCUACAGUAGCAUUUUAUUAUCACUUAGAUGGCGCAGCAGCUAAUUCCAAACUGUUCCGUCCACGACUUACUUUCUUCGUCCAUAUCCAGGAUGGCGUCGCUGUUGACGCAAAGUUGACACCGUCAACGCGGGAUUUCUUGGAGAAAAUUGCCUCCAGUACAGGCAAGGCGCAAAAUAUUACAGCAGACGAGUCAGCCCAGAUAUCAGCACAGAUAGGCCCAGCUAAUUUCACAGAGGCUUCCGGCCCUUUCAGCCCCCGCCAUAUUUCCCCGUCUGAAGACGAAGCAGUAUCAAUUCAACGGGUCGAGGUGCCCUUAGUCUUCGACAGUGAAUUCUUUGACAUUCUACAGACUGACGUCUUCAAUCUAGAUGCGCUCCAGGGAGAAGAGCAGGACAAAAUGGGAAAGGAAAUAAUGCUUUUGGGCCAGGAUAUCAAUAAAGCCACCAAGCCUUCAAAAGGCAGAAAAGCAAGGGGAGACAUGGAAACGUGGCGCAACAUUUUCGAAUUGUAUUUGGACGCUCGCGUAUUCUUCUCUACGCGGGAGAAUGACCAUGGUGCUCGGACAAGUCCCCAAGCCGUCAAACAACUCAACUGGUUUCAAGACCAAGUGCUGUCGAGAAAGCUAGCAUAUGGCCUCAAGCUCGAAAGCAGUCGAAAAGCCUACACUAGGUUUCUUAGCGUGAAUGCUCUGCUCCUGCAGAUCCUCAAGUUUCAGGAGAUUAACAGCUUGGCGGUGACCAAGAUACUCAAGAAAUUCGAUAAGAGGACUUCGCUUGGUGUCUCUCGAGUAUUCCCUAUCACUGUCAAAUCCAACCACUUGCUAGCGGGGAGCGUGGCUAAAGACUUAUGUGCUCAAAUGUCAAACGAUCUCAUCUCUGUUGUCCCUCAGCUUGAUGACUACCUCUGUCCCAUAUGCUUCACUGUUGCGUACUGGCCGGUGAGAUUAGACUGUCAGCAUAUAUUCUGCAGCCGGUGCCUCGUCAAGAUGUCGCGAAAGGGAGAGAGCCAUUGUCCCCUUUGUCGAGCCGACGUAGUGAUGCGGGCCAGCCUGGAAAACUUCGACAGCAAACGCGCUUCAUUUCUUAGGGAGUAUUUUCCAAAGGAAGUUAAGGAAAAGGUCCGAGCCAAUGAGCGCGAGCGCAACAAGGAGAUAUUUGGGCCUGACUAUUCAGACUCUCUUUGCUCUAUAAUGUGAGGGCUGUGUUGAUACCUACUGGGUGUCUAUCUAGACAGUCAUGACAUUUUAUGACACUCGAUCUUAGAUGUCUCUAGCCCUCGCCAUA